CAGUCCCUUCCUACAUCAACCAAAAAGAGUGAGUCGUACCCACCCAAUUUCCCGGCUGGUGUUGCAUGUAAUGUGUAUGCAAGAAAAUGUGGCAGUCCCUUGCUUAAUGAACAAGUCAAAAAGGCUUUAAGAAGUCCAUCAAUUGAUUGAUUGAUUGCUGCUAUUUCUUUACCUGGUUAUCGCCCUUUGGUUGAAAGGAAAAGCAAGUCCAUCGCUGGUUAUUGCCAUUUCGUUUUCCUAUGUCACAAUCCUAAGCUAUUUGAGGCUUCCGCAUAGACUUCGCUUAAAUUCUGAGUCACAGGCUUGGCAAAGAUAUACAUGUAAACGUAGAAUAAAUUAUCCUUUCAACAAAGUAUCUACCACGUACCACAUGGCACUGCCUGGUUAGAUAACUUAAUCAUAGCAAGCAUUUCAUAGUGAUUAGCGACAUGGCGUUAAACGCCAAGCAGUCGGCAUCUUGCACGACCUUCUCCUCUUCGUUUCCCAUUCCAUGUUCAUUCCCUGUAAUCCAACUGUAUCAAAGCGCGUCCAAGGGAAGCCUCUCAGAAAACGGCAACCUCACUCCCUCCCUCCUCUUAUACCCCGCGCCUCCCCUCUCGCCGCCACCCCACCAAAUGAAACACCAACGAUAGCGUUAACAGAUCCCGAAACAACCGCUUAUCCCGGAAUAACAUAUCCGCGUCUAUGGUCGUGCCGAAGCCAUGGCGGAACGGUCCGGACCGCGAGUGCCUCGACCUCCGGCUCGACGAACCGGCCGGCGGGGGGAAGGCCCCGGGUAUCGGGAUCCUUGCCUUCGAGGCCGCGGGCGCCAUGUGCAGCCUCGUGUCGCUCCAUCGGUCCCUCUCCGAUCCCGAAAUCCUUAAACUCCGAUCCGAAACGAUGCGCUCCCGGGGCGUGGCCUACCUCAACUCCACCGACCAAGCCCUCCUCCUCCGCCUCGCCUGUGCCGAAUUCGUCGCCGACCUCGACCGCGCCGCCGCCGCGGCCUCUCGCCUCGCUUCUCGGUGCCAGGGGGCCCUCGCUCAAAGGUUCGACCGGGUCUACGCCAACCUCAAGGCCGGCUCGGCCUAUCUUGACCGGAUCCCUGUGAGCCUUAAAGGGGUCGAGAAAAGGAUGAGAAGCAUGGAGCGACACGUCGCGGCGACUGCGAGAUUAUACGAGGAGAUGCAGGUCCUGGGCAUGCUGGAGUCGUCGAAGCGGAAGUGGGACCGGUACAGCGGGCCGAUACCGUUGCAGAAGCCGAGCAAAGCGGAGUCGGUGAAGCUCGAGCUGAAGUCGCAGCGCGAGAAGGUCUUGAGGCUGAGGAAGGAGUCGCUGUGGAACCAGAGCUUCGACAAGGCCGUCCGCCUCAUGUUGGAAGCCGUCUGCGGCGUUUUCGCUCGAAUCUGCGCCGUCUUCGGCCGGUUCGUACCGACGCUGCCGCCGGUCCUCGUUUCGCCCAGCGCAUCUCGUGCCAGUUUCGUUCCGGCCCGUCCCAAGUUACGACUCUAUUCCCGGUUCCCAGCCAAGCACUCGUCAGGUCCGCUUGAGAGACCGGCGGUAGAGCACCUAAUUAUCCCAAAUUCCUGCCCCAUAUUCCGCACCAAAGAAUCGGAGCCGAAACACUGGAGCAGGUUACUGCAGCCGGCACCGAACACUGUGGGUGGUGCCGGGCUAGCGUUGCGAUACGCUAACGCGAUUGCACUGGCUGAGAAGAUGUUGACGACAAGGUCUAACUCCGGCGAACCGGAGGCGGGGGAGGCGGCGGCGAGGGAGGAGCUGUACGAAAUGCUGCCUGCUGGGCUCCGGGCGAUGGUGAGGUCGAAGCUGAGGGCUUGCUGGAAGGAGCGGGGGCCGAUGGACGGAAGGUUGGCUCAAGGGUGGAAGGAGGCGGUGGAGAGAAUACUGGCAUGGCUGGGACCGGUGGCAAGUGACACGAUUCGGUGGCAUGAAGAGCGGCACAUGGACUGGAGGCAGCGAUUCGACCCAAGUCCGAGAGCGCUGAUGCUUCAGACGCUGCACUUCUCCGACCUGGAGAAGACGGAGGCGGCGAUCGUCGAGGUUCUGGUUGGGUUGAGCUGCGUGUGCUGGUACGGGGAGCAGCGCCGUGGGUCCUUGCGGGUUUCAUGCAAAACAUAGGGCUAGCUUGACGUUGUUAUUUGACAUCUGGAUGGAAGCUUGCAUCAUGCCAGGCUUAACCUGUACCGAUAUCAGGUUCAAGUCUUGAUGUCAAUGAACAAAGUUUAGCUGAAGUUUGAGUACUAAAUUAUCGACGCUUUGGCUUGCUUAUACUUAGAUAGAAAGGGUGAUUUCAUGUUUGCCUGUGAGCCUACACUGAUUUUUUGUUCGGGGCCAUUGUACACAGUUUGAUUCAAACAGAACGGGUUUUAUCUUUCUGUGAAUCCACCGUUGGAUCAUCCACAGAUUGCUUUGAGAUUUGCUCAUAUGCUUUGAGAUCUGUAAAGUAGGUAAUCCAAUGGUGUAUUUAUGCAAAGAAAGGUGAAU